AGACCGGCGCCGCCGCCGCCGAGCUCGGCCUCGGAAUCAACAAGGGUGAGGCCGAGGCUCACAGGGCGGCGGACACGAAGAGCACUUUGCCCGGGGCGGAGGGCGAGGAGGCCGGCAGGAAGAAGGAGACCAUGGAGCUCUUCCCGCAGAGCGCCGGCCUGCAGGACGCCGCCGCCCCUGAUGCUACCAGGGAGGAAGACAAGAGCCAGCUGACCAUCUUCUAUGGUGGGAAGGUGCUCGUGUUCAACGAUUUCCCAGCCGACAAGGCAAAGGGCCUGAUGCAGUUGGCUGGCAAGGGCAGCCCUGUUGUUCAGAACGUCUCUGCGACCACAACUGCUGCAGACACCGCCAAGGUCCAGACGGCCGUGCUGGCCCCGGCAAGUAGUUUGCCUAGUGAUCCGGUUAAUGCUCACAAGUCUGCUCGUCCGAAUGCUUCUGAUCUGCCAAUUGCUAGAAAGGCGUCACUUCACCGAUUCCUUGAGAAGAGAAAGGAUCGUCUGCAUGCAAAGGCACCAUAUCAAGCUUCUCCUUCUGAUGCAACACCAGUCAAGAAGGAGUUUGAGAACCAGCCAUGGCUUGGACUGGGGCCGAAUGCCGCCCUGAAGCCAAACCAAUAAGGCGGCAUGACAGAAGCCUUAUGCCCUUACCAGAAAUAUGUGAAAUGUGCUUUGUCCUUAGAGUAUCAACAAGUCAUGAAUAUUUUAUCCCAUAUCAUGUUCUAGCGUUUUGUUUUAGGUUAUGGUUCUAUGUUAUUCGCCUCCAUAGUUCCGAUGUAAAGAGAAGUAGCAAAUGAUGAUGACCGGUGCCCGAAGCCCGAGAGAAGUUUUGGCAUGUUAACACAUGGUGAUAUUGAGUUGGCCAUGCUAAGGAAAAAAAGUUAGUGCAAAGAAACAUAGCUGUAUCCUAUAUGUGAACUCUGAUCAUUCCGUAUUGUCAUUGAGUUCUGUCCUUGAUUUGUAAAAGCAAGUGAUUGUAAUGGAUUCAUAUUAUGUUUGUA